AUGGCGAUCGAAAUGGCGUCGAUCCGCGCGAGCGUCGCGCCGUGCGCGCGACGCGCGACGCCGCCGCCGCGCGUCGCGCGAGCCACCCGCGUGGCGACGACGCGGGCGACGGCGACGUCAUCGUCGCGCGAAAAAGCGCGCGUCGUCGUCGUCCGCGGUCGGGCGCGGCGCGGCGGCGAGCCGCGCGAACGCGUCCGCGCGCGAUGCGCGAUCACGCGCGUGGGCGAAUCCGCGGACGAUUCCGACGACGACGACGCGAACGUCGCGGAGGUGGAGAGGAACGCGGACGGUUCGCUCCCCCCCGACGCGAUCCAGAUUCCGAUGCCGAAGCGCCGCGCGCAGCUCACGUUCACGUGCGAUAAGUGCGAGGCGAGGAGCACGAAGAUGGUGAACCCGGACGCGUACAAGCGAGGGACGAUGUUCGUGCAGUGCCCGAACUGCGAGGUCUGGCACAAGAUCGUGGAUAACUUGGGGAUGAUAUUCGAGCCGUGGAACGACGAGCGGCACGCCGCCAAAAACGCCGCCGUCGUCGCCGGCGACGCCGUCGUGUCCCCGGAGGCGUCGUCGAACGCGCCGGAGGAGGACGCGGACGGCGUGGAGGAGGACGACGACGCGAUCGAGAAGGCGUGA